AGUCCUUCUUUUCUUUCUUCUUCGCGCAUUUCGUAAAGGCGAAGGACCGUCUUCACAGAAGGAAAACAACGAAAUGUGAGCUUCGCACAAAGCUGUUGUACAACGCCGCCCGCGUCCACCAUCAGAGCUCUUUUACGCAGUCCGGCAGCCCCCUUUCCUUCACCUGCUCAGCCACCGCUUCGACCUCAACGAUCGUCGUAUCCCAUUGCAAAAAGGGACCAAAUAUAUAUAUAUAUAUAUAUAUAUACGCCACGUUGAAUGUCUCCCAUGCCGUCGUUGUCGCUGGCGUCGGCGUGGUGGCGUCAGCACGGCCUGCAGGAGCGGGUGCGCCUCUUCCGCGCAUCCCGUCAGCCAACGCCGCCGCACCGUGCUUUACCCCCCAACAUCAAUAACAACGGUUGUUCACGGACCCAAUACUGUCGUCAGGCCGCGACUACGACCGCCCAAUCGUCCCUUUCUUCCUCGUCUGAGUCAAGAACAACUUCAACGCCAACCGACACGCUGGCGAGCCCGCCCGUGCUUCUCAUGAGCGCGUGUUUGUUGGGUUUCCCUGUCACGUACAGGGGAGCCGACGUGCGCCUCCCUGCCACGCUGCGACCCACGCCACUUUUGUUUCUCACGGAGGUGCUGUGGAGGGAGUUGGGCCUCGUGUGCUGUGUUCCGGUGUGCCCGGAGAUGGAGUGGCUGGGCCUGUCCGCACCGCGGCCACCGCUGCGGCUUGUGCGCGAUGAGACGGAAUGCAAAAAGGCAGGCGCUACGAACGCCCAGGAAAACGAGCGCUGCCGCGUUGUGGAUGCCGUCUCGCCUGACCGCGUCUUCCUGUCUUAUCACCCCUUCACAGACGAGCUGCCUUCCGCUGUGGUAGCAGCCCUCGGCGCGCCGCUACACGCAAUUGAUGGAGUGGUGCUGAAAGCGCGCUCCCCCAGCUGUGGUGUACACGACGCGCGUCUGUACUCGCGAGAGGCGGCGACCGCGCGGGCCGCCUCGUGCGCCGCGUGUUCCAACUCACGCCUUCCAAGUGCACGACCCUCGCAACGCCCCACCGCUGCAUCGGCCUCCACGUCCUACGCGCAUGUGGACGGCUUCUUUGCGAUGCUCCUGCGCAACUCUUUGUGUUCUUCCUGCGGCGAAAAACGUGGUGGUCACGCACACGGAGCGCCCAUAUCGCUCCCUGUCAUCACAAGCGAUCGCUUACUCUCGCGGUUUUACGCAGCGGACGACGCCACAUCGCCUUCCUCUUCUUCCUCGGGUUUGCCGCUAAAUGGGGGCUGCGGUGCAAACGGCGAAGUGGGCCUCGCGCACACGUCGUUGGACGCUUUUGUGGAAUCUGCGCUGAGACAUCGCGAAGGGCGACUCGCCCGACGUCACACGUGA